AUGGAUUCAAAUACUCAUAACCAUCUUUACGACCCGAAUCACAUAUCUUCUUCCGGGUCGGGUCUUCUUCGCUUUCGAUCUGCGCCCAGCUCUGUUCUCGCCGCUUUCGUAGACGACAACGACGACAAGAACGGAUUCGACUCCGUUAAGUCUCAUGUUUCCUUGACGAACACCUCUGUUUCAUACGCCGCCGCCACUCUUCCGCCGCCGCAGACAGAGCCGUCGAGCUUUCUGGGUUUGCCGCCGCAUUACCCAAGACAGAGUAAGGGGAUGAUUAACACGAUUGGUUUGGAUCAGUAUCUUGGUAUGAAUAAUCAUCACACGGGACCAGUUGAAUCAAGUCUUCUCCGGCAAAGCAGCUCCCCUGCCGGGAUGUUCACAAACCUCUCCAAUCAAAACGGCUAUGGUUCGAUGAGGAGUUAUGUUGGUGAAGAAGAAGACGAAGAGAGUCCAUCUCAUUCCAAGGGAUUAAAACGCCAUAACAGUCUCUCUUCAAGGGCACCUUCUCCUUUGGGAAUGCUCUCUCAGAUACCUGAGAUCGACUUGGAGAGUGUUCAGUAUAGUCAUUGGAAUGAUCCCUCUAGCUUCAUUGAUAACUUAUCCUCUCUCAAAAGAGAAACAGAGGACGACGGUAAUUUGUUUCACGGAGCUCAGAACGGAGAGAUGCAGUUAAUGUCGCAUCACUUGAGUCUACCGAAGUCAUCAUCAUCUACAGCCUCAGACAUGGUUUCAGUAGAUAAGUAUAUGCAGCUACAAGACUCUGUUCCUUGUAAAGUUAGAGCCAAACGUGGCUGCGCUACACAUCCUCGAAGCAUCGCUGAACGGGUAAGAAGAACGAAGAUAAGCGAACGAAUGAGGAAACUACAAGAGCUUGUUCCUAACAUGGACAAGCAAACGAACACUUCAGAUAUGUUGGAUUUAGCUGUGGAUUACAUCAAAAAUUUACAAAGACAGUAUAAGAUUUUAAACGAGCAAAGAGCAAACUGCAAGUGUAUGAAGAUAUAACGCACAACAAGGUUUGUGUAUAUAGGACUAAGGAAAGCAAAGAGAAAAAAAGGAUAAGAAAGACACAAACAGUGUCAUGUCUGAAUAUUUUUUUUUAAGCUGAAACAAACCAAAUUGUCUUAUGUAUGCUAAGCAACUAAAUAGGACUCCAAUCAUCUCUCCAUGUCAUAGUCUCUCUAGUAAUAUCAAUUACUUUGCAGCAAUUUUCUUUGUAAUGGUGAGAUGAAUAUAGCUCCAUAUCCUAGCUUUCAUUAA